UUUCAGGAUAGUCUUUCUCUGAACAUAUCUGCUGUGAAAAGGACCCUAGAGGAGAGAAGUUAAAUCAGCCUGGAUGUCGGUCUGCUCAGUGUGAAAGUGCUUUCAUGAGGGUAACCCUGGGCUAGAAACUACCCUUUGCUUUGAUUAGUCCUUGUGGAUCUGCUGCCAGGCAAUGGGCCAGAAAAUCUCAGGGAGUAUAAAAUCUGUUGAUGUGAGGGAACCACCAUUCAGGCCUGUAAAACGGGAGCUGAGAGGCCCGGAUUUCUGCAAGCCUGCUCGAUUGGAUAUGCUGUUGGACAUGCCUAUGGCCUCUUUUGAGGUCCAGCUUAAGCAUGCUUGGAACAAUGAGGACCGUUCUUUGAAUAUUUUUGUUAAAGAAGAUGAUAAGCUAACAUUUCACAGACAUCCAGUAGCCCAAAGCACGGACUGUAUUAGGGGCAGAAUUGGCUAUACCCGUGGUUUACAUGUCUGGCAGAUUCACUGGCCCACAAGGCAACGAGGAACACAUGCUGUAGUUGGUGUGGCAACAGGAGAAGCUCCACUGCACUCUGUAGGUUAUACCUCAUUGGUUGGUAGCAAUAAUGAGUCAUGGGGAUGGGACUUGGGGCGCAAUAAACUUUAUCAUAACAGUAAAAACCAACCUGGAGUUACGUAUCCUGUUUUUUUAGAGCCAGAUGAAUCUUUUGUUCUCCCAGACUCAUUUUUAGUAAUUUUGGACAUGGAUGAAGGGACGUUGAGUUUCAUUGUAGAUGGACAAUAUCUUGGAGUGGCCUUUAGGGGACUGAAGGGAAAAAAACUGUAUCCUGUAGUAAGCGCAGUAUGGGGGCACUGUGAAAUUACAAUGAGAUACAUUAAUGGACUUGAUCCUGAACCGUUGCCUUUAAUGGACUUGUGCCGAAGAUCGAUUCGUCUCGCUCUUGGCAGAGACCGUCUGCUUGAGAUAGAAUCACUACCCUUGCCUCUGUCUUUGAGAAAUUAUCUACAAUACCAGUGAAGAAGGGAAGCAAAAAAAAAAAAACCUGCAUCCCCUAUGGACUCUGCUAGAUGAAAAUCAAUGCAAACAGCAGGAGCUAUUGUUUACAUCCCAUUGUCUGUGGUGGACACCUGACUUAUUUAAUUUUAAUAUACAACUGCAACCGAAUAUAGCAGAACCUAAUAGGAACUAGUGAAGAAUGAGAUACCUUGGUCCACAUGUACUACAAUGUGUACUGGUUGGCUUGCUUAGUGGGAGAUUAGAUCAGAGUAUCUUAAUCUGUUAAAUAAGGAUCCCAUGGGAAAAAUGUUUUAAUUGACAAAAAUCUAGAAAUUGUAUUGGUUAAAAUGUGUUUUUAAUUCAAAAUAUGAAUCUAGUUUGGUCCACUCAUAAGGCUGGUUGUAAAGGAAUAUUAGAAGUUAAUGUACUACAGUGUUUUUAAACAGAUUAAGUGAUUAAAUGUUUUGGUUAAAUGGAGGCAUAUCCUUAAUUAUCACUGGCUGUGUUCCUCCACCCAACCUCCUGAAAUUGAAAUUAGUUCCUGUAAAGUUCUGCAUGACAGAUGAUAAAGGCUAUGUUUACUACCACAGAGUUUUAAAAUUACCAUACAGAAACACGCUUGUCACUUUUUUAUUUGAACAAAAUAUAAUUUUUACUUUGUAGACUUUCUUAAAUGCGUUGUUUACUUAAUGUUAUAUGUGUGAUAUGUUAUUUAUCAGUUUGGGGAUCUGUGAAGUCCUAUUUAAAUUGUUCCUUGCUGAUCUAAAGACCAGCUAAAGGCUCCAUGUUAUAUUUACUUUUCAGAUUACCCACAUCCUGAAUUUUUUUUAAGAAAAAAGAUGCUGCUUUCUUUUUGACUUUUUAAGUUUGUUACUAUGCCUGCUCAGUUAUCUAGUUUUUAACUGGAUAUUGUUGAAAUGGCAGGGCAUCAGAUAUGUAAAUUGUGCUGCCUUUCGCAUAUUUUAAUGUGAACGUAAAUGACAACUGACUGAAGACAUAUCUUCCAAUAAAGUUUACUGUCCAAAAGUUAAA